AUGUCGCCUCAGCCGCCCCACGACUUCCCCGAGGACAAGGGGGAGGCCAAUGUGCUCAUCGAGGAGGCCCGGGGGUCGGCGCCGGCCAAGGAGGCAGGGGCGGGCGGCGCCGUGGGCUGGGUGCUGUCACCGGUGGCGUGGUUCCGGAUGCUGGUCAGGGAGCUGCACUGGAGCUUCGUGCUCGGCGUGGUGGCCACCUACGGCAUCAGCCAGGGGCUCGGGGGCGGCAUCUCGCGCGUCGCCUCCGACUACUACUGGAAGGACGUGCAGAAGGUGCAGCCGUCGGCGGCGCAGGUGUACCACGGCGUCACGUCCAUCCCCUGGCUGGUCAAGCCGGUCUGGGGCCUGCUCACCGACGUGCUCCCCGUCGCCGGCUACCGGCGCCGGCCCUACUUCGUCCUUGAAUACACAGGCAUAAUGGGAGUGAUUGCUAUGCUUAUAGUCUCUCUACACAGCAAGCUUCAUGUGAUGUUCGCAUUAUUGGCAUUGAUGUCUGGGAGUGCAAGUGUAGCAAUAGCUGAUGUAACUAUAGACGCCUGUGUGGCCGAAAACAGUCUAAUACACCCUCAUCUCGCGGCUGACAUGAUGAGCUUAAAUGGCUUCUGUUCAUCUGUUGGAGGUCUUAUUGGAUUCUCAAUAAGUGGUUUUCUUGUUCAUGCAAUUGGAUCACAGGGAACCCUUGGCAUUUUAACUAUACCUUCUGCCUUGGUAAUUUUAGCUGGAAUACUGCUAAAGGAUGUCCAUAUCCCCAACUUCCCAUACGGGCAGGCUCAUAAGAAGUUUGUAGAAGCCAGUGGAAAAAUGUUAAGGACCUUAAAAUGCCCUGAAGUAUGGCGGCCAUGUUUUUACAUGUACAUGUCGCUUGCUCUCAGUGUGGAUAUUCAAGAAGGAAUGUUCUACUGGUACACAGAUCCAAGUGCAGGGCCAUCUUUCUCUGAGGGAUUCAUUGGGUUUAUCUUCGCAAUUGGUUCUGUGGGAUCUCUUGUUGGAGUUAUACUUUAUCAAAAUAUUCUUAGGGACCACUCUUUUCGCAGUGUUCUUUGUUCAAGUCAGUUGCUACUAAGCCUGUCAGGAAUGCUUGAUCUGAUUUUGGUACUUCGUCUAAAUCUAAAACUUGGGAUACCUGAUUACUACUUCGCUGUGAUCGACGAGGGGGUCGCCAAAAUGAUCAACCGCAUCAAGUGGAUGCCCCUUUUGGUGCUCAGCUCAAAGCUUUGCCCACCUGGCAUCGAGGGCACAUUCUUCGCGCUGCUCAUGUCCAUUGACAAUAUUGGCGUGCUGUCAGCAUCUUGGAUCGGUGGGCUACUCCUUCAUUUGUUAAGGAUCACAAGAACAGAGUUCAAAAACCUUUGGGCCGCGAUCUUGAUCCGAAAUGUGAUGAGGCUACUACCGUUGGCACUGCUAUUCUUGGUGCCGAGAAGUGACCCGAAUUCUAACAUCCUUCCUGCUGAUUUGCUGGCUGAGUAUGACGGUGCUGAGGCUCGACGAAUCGAGAACGUCGAGCUAACCUCUCUUACCGUCGACAAGAAUCCGAGCGCCGAUGCCUCGCUCCAGGAAUGCAAAACCCAGGAGCAUCUUGAUGUAGGGCAAGAUGACGACGAGGCUUCGUUACUCGCCAACAGGGGCUGA